AUGAGUGCACACGAUAGCAUCGUCAUCUUGGGAGCUGGCAUUAUCGGCCUUGAUGUUGCUCUGGUUCUAGCAGAACGAGGCUACGGCAAGUCUAUUACAGUAAUCGCGGAACAUCUUCCUGGGGACACGGCACUGAGUUAUACUUCUCCAUGGGCUGGCUGCAACUUCUCAGCUAUCUCUGGUACAGAUGCCAAUGCCUUGAAAUGGGACAAGGCUGGAUAUUUCCAUCUCAGCAAGUUAGCCUCUGUGCGGCCAGAACAAUCGUAUGUCAAGCGAACUCCUUCGACGGAGCUUUGGGACGACAAUGUUCCUCGCGAUAAGAUUCAGGCAAUGUCUGAGUAUCUAGAAGACUUCCAAGAACUACCAGUCAACGAGCUACCUGAGGGGGUCAAGUUUGCUGUCUCCUUUACUACUCUCACUGUCAAUGCACCCAAGCAUCUGCUCUAUCUCUAUGAGAGAUUGAAGAAUGACUACGGUGUUCGCUUUAUUCGUCAAAAACUUCCUGAUCUCCAGACUGCAUUCUUCAGCCAGUCUACCCAAAUUGUGUUCAACUGUACUGGCAACGCUGCGCGAAAGUUGCCUGGAGUUGAGGAUCCAAAGUGUUACCCGACUAGAGGACAGGUCCUGUUGACUCACGCCCCUGAGGUUCACACGAACGUCAUGAGACAUGGUAAAGAUUACGAGACAUAUGUGAUCCCUCGGCCCUUCUCUAAGGGACAUGUAAUCCUCGGAGGGUAUAUGCAAAAGGGUAACGGUGAUGGUGCGACAUACUCGUACGAGACAGAGUCCAUCUUGGAGCGCACCAAGGAGCUCAGUGAUGAAGUGAGGAAUGGAAGUCUAGAUGUCCUCGCAGCUUUCUCAGGACUUCGUCCGUCCCGCGAAGGUGGCACUCGAGUCGAGAGAGAGGAUCUGAUUGUCGCCGGACAAAAGCGCACAGUGGUUCAUAACUACGGUGCAGGUGGCACUGGCUUCCAGGCUGGUUAUGGUAUGGCUCUUGAUGCCGUUCGUGCCGCUGAGCCUGUUUUGUCAAAGCUUCAAACCGAACUCAAGUCGAAGCUAUGA